AUGUCUGCUGUUGCAACUGUCCCUUGCCAGUAUAGAACUGGUAAAACGCUAGGUCAAGGCACCUAUGCCGUGGUAAAAGAGGCCCAACAUAUUAAAACAGGAGAAUAUUUUGCCGUAAAAGUCAUCAACAAAAAGUUGAUGGAAGGUAGAGAGCAUAUGGUCCGAAAUGAAAUCACUGUUUUAAAGAGAAUUUCACAAGGGCACAGAAACAUUUUAACAUUACAAGAUUACUUUGAGACCGUAAAUAAUC